ACCUGCUCCCAUCCUUCCUCCUACACUCGAGUAGAUCCCAACAUGGUUCUGCUCUGUACGGCGUCCUCUUCCACCACUCUGCUGGCCAGGCAGGCCCUUCUGGCCCGCUCGGCUGCCGUCGUCGGGCAGUCUCGCUCGGUUCACGACCUGGUAAUCAAGCGCAAGACUGGUCUCCCCAUUCACCGAGCUGGACCAUACGGAGGCGGACGAUCGUCCGUCUCAGGGCAUGUGGCUACCGUCUUUGGAUGUACUGGAUUCCUAGGAAGAUACCUGGUCGACAGGCUGGCGCAGAAGGGUACUCAGGUCGUCGUACCCUACAGAGAUGAGGACGAGAAGCGACACUUGAAAGUAAUGGGAGAUCUGGGUCAGAUCGUGCCAAUGGAAUGGGACCUUCGCUCGGACCAGCAGAUUGAGGAGUGCCUGCGUCAUUCAGAUGUCGUCUACAAUUUGACCGGACGAGCGCACGAGACAAAGAACUUUACCUUUGAGGACGUCCACGCAACAGGCGCUGGCCGCAUUGCUUCCAUUGCCGCCAACGCUGGUGUAUCUCGAUUCAUUCACGUCUCCCACCUGAACGCCUCAAAGGAUUCACCAUCGCCCUUCCUCCGAUCCAAGGCCCAAGGCGAGGAGCUCGUCAAGAGUGCCUUUGAGGGAGCCACAAUUGUCAGGCCUGGACAUCUGUACGGUCACGAGGACCGUUUCCUGAACCAGAUGGCUAGCUGGCCUCUCACAUGGCACGUCAACUAUGGCCAGACAAAGCUGCGCCCGGCUCACUCCAUUGACGUAGCCCACGCCCUUGAGGUGAUGCUCGAUGCCGAACUCACCUCCAUUGGCCAGACCUUCUCUCUAGCCGGACCUAGGACCUACACCAUCAACCAGCUCCUGAACCUGGUGCAAUCUCUUACAUUUGAAAAGAUCCGCAGGGAGGGAUUGAAUGUGCCGAAGUUCAUGCUCAAGGCGGCAACGAAGAUCGCAGACAGGGCAUGGUGGCCGAUGUUGAGCCCAGACGAGGUGGACAGGAGGUACAUUGACGACCUCGCCGAUGAGCCUGGGACGAAAAGCUGGGCUGACCUGGGCAUUGAGCCAGACACAGUUGAGGAGGUAGCCAUUGUCUACCUCAGGAGAUACAGGUCCAACUUGCGGUUCGAGCAGCCCGUGGAGACGGGUGGGUCUAGGCUCAAGAAGGGCAAAUACCACGUUGUAGACUAAAUGUGGGAUCGGGGUCGAGGAGAUCGAGCCCCAAAUAUAAGCAAUUGAACUCAUUCGCUCAGCUCAGCUCAGAUAGGGAGGAGCUUUGGUGUGCAAAGGUGGUGGUGAUACAAU